CUGCAUCCGGCCGAAGCCCCCAGCUACCGCCACCCAUUUCCGGCUGAAAAACCGAAUUUUCAGAUCUGCUCUGCUCCUCCUUCUCACCGCCGGCUGCUCCUGCUUUGUGGGGGCGAAUUGCUCUGAUUUUUCGCCGUGAGUUUCUCCCUAAAUUGCCGUCGGCUUUUCCCCCCCUGCUAGGUCCGGUUUGCAGCUGGAAAAUUCGGGAAGCGAAACCGAGGACGGGGAAACCACAGGAAGUGACGAGUUAGAAGGCUAGCCAUUUCAAGAUUGAUAUAGAUUUUAGAAAUAAAUUAUGCUUUUGUAAGAUAGAUUUUACCUUGAAUUUAUGAGAUCAAAACAGAUUUUAUGAGAGUAGAUUUUUGUGAUAUGAUUUAAUCAAUUCAAGUAAUUUCCACAUAAUUUAAACAACAAAACACAUUUAAAGAGUUGCCAAAUUCAUCCCCUAUCCCAGCAGAUUUUCAGACAAGACAGGGCAACUAAAUGGACAACAAUUAAUUGAUAAAUUCAGACUUGAGACGGCUGUCCAUACCAGAAUUUCCCAGCAGAACCGGAGCUGCAAGCUAAGGGAAGGCCGGCGGCAAUUUGGGGAGAAAUUCGGGAUCGAUCCCAAAAUUGGAGAAACCAAGAGAAAUCAGUGUUAACCCAAGCCAAUUCAAAGAAGAACAGAGGGAUUGGUGGCUGUUCCUUACCCAAAAAUUAGAGAAAUUCGCACCCACAAUCAAGAGUAGCCGGCGGUGAAGACAGAGCAGAGCAGAUCUGGAAUUUCCUGCAGGGGGAGAAGGUUUCUAAACUCCUAAAUGUUGUUCUUGAACAAGAAAAGAAGGGAAAAUCUCGAGCUUUCUCACCGAUUUUCAGAGGGAGGUGCGUCGGGGGCCUGGGUCUUGUUGCUCGGUGCAGGGGAGGAAAAAGAAGGUUAAAUGCUAAAUUUGGUCCUUCAACUUUAGUGAGUUGCACAUUUUUAUCCCUCAACAAUUUUUUGCACUUUUUUGAUCCCUCAACUCUAAGAAAUGCACUCCAUUAGUCCUUCUGUCAAUUUAAACCGUUAACUACGACACGUUGCAUUUUUUAUAAUUUUUUUAAUGACAUGGUAAAAACAAUUUAAAAAAGUGUUGAUUUGGAAUUUUUUUUUUAAUGCCCCCUCAUCCAACUCAUCGCCAACUCAUAAACCCGAUUCUACCUUAAUAAAAAAAUAAAAAAUUACAAAUUUA